AUGUCCUUAAUUGCCAGCAACAGCAGCAAACGUCGCCGGCGCCCUCCCACUGUACAUCACGCAUCCAGCGGCGUCUCCCCUGGCGCCGGCACGGCGGCGCCCUCCCCCUGGGCGUCCAUGAACGAAGACUUGCUUCGCCUGAUCGCCUGGCGGGUGCUGGCCGGCGACCUGCUGGGCUACGUCCGCUUCCGCGCGGUCUGCCGCCACUGGCGGUCCAGCACCGACAGCCCACGCGGCCGCGGCAUCAUUGACCCACGCUUCCACCCGCGCCGCUGGAUGAUGUUCCCGGAGGGCCACGGCCUGCACCCAUCUCACACCAAGCUCCACGGAUACAUCCACUUCCUCAACCUCGACACGGGAAAGUUCGUCCGCGCCAACCUCCCGGCCUUCAAGGACCACUGCAUCCUCGACUCGGUGGACGACCUGCUGGUCAUGCACAGGGACGAGGACACGGCCGUCCGCCUCCUCCACCCUUUCACCGGCGACGUCGUGGACCUCCCGCGGCUCGUGACCCUUGUGCCGCACAUUGACCUAGGCCUGCCUGGGGCCUUUCUCCCGGCGCAGAGGUGCUACUACCUCAGAGGAGUGUGCGCUUCCCUCAGCGUCAGCGCCGCCGGAGUUGUCACCGUCUUGCUUGCGCUGCAUCGGAUGGGCCGCGUCGCCUUCGCCACCUCCCGGGACCAGCAAUGGCGCAUGUCAACAUGGGCACUUGGUUACAACACACCCUUGUCGUUUCAAGGCAAACUAUAUAUGGCGCGAAUGAGCUUCGAUCCCAAAAAGAACUCGGAUAUAUUCCAAGUUGAUCACCACCACAACAGGGCCAUCUGUUAG